CGGAGCUGAGCGCCGCCUCCUUUCUCUCUUCUCUCCCCCCCCUCACCGCCCGCGUUUUCCUCCUCCUCCUCCUCCUCGCCUGGAUCUGCGGAGAUGAGCCGCGCUAGGGAGCAACGCCCGGCUCGGCAAGGCUGGUGGGAGAGAAGGCGCCGGAGCGCCGGUCUUCCUUGAGCCGUCGCAAGGACUCCCCCGAUGCCAGCGCCAGUCUGAAGUGAGUGGAGCGGCCGCCCCUUCGGCCAGGCGCUCCCGCCGCCCCUCCUCUGGAUGCUGCCGCUGCUGCUGCUCCGCGGCUGGCCCCCCUGCGAGGGCUCGGGAGGCGGGGAGCGCGCAUGGCGGCGGCGCAGCAGCGGCGGCGGGGCUCGAGGGGGCGACCCAGGCAGCGCCCGCUGCGGCCGCGGCUGCCUGGACUGCGGGCGGUGCGCUGGCGUCGGGCAGCGCCGGCUCGGAGGGCGCUGUGGCUGCUGGCCGUGGGCGCCUCGCUGGGCUUGCUGCUGGCGUGGUCGUCCAACCGGCUCCUGCACUGGCUGGCCUUCCCGUCGCACACGACGGUGCGCACCCAGUGGAGCCGCCAGCUGGCCUUCCCGGCCGUCACGUUGUGCAACAACAACCCGCUGCGCUUCCCGCGCCUCUCCAAGGGCGACCUCUACUACGCGGGCAACUGGCUUGGCCUGCUGCUCCCCAACCGGACGGCGCGGCCGCUGCUGGCCGAGCUGCUGCGCGCCGAGCCUGAGCGCCUGCGUUGGUUCGCCAAGCUGGCCGAUUUCCGGCUCUUCCUGCCGCCGCGCCACUUCGGCGGCAUCAGCGAGGACUUCGUCGACCGUCUCGGCCACAGCCUCGACGACAUGCUGCUCUCCUGCAAGUUCCGCGGCGAACAGUGCGGCCCGCACAACUUCUCUGCCGUGUUUACGAAAUAUGGGAAGUGCUACAUGUUUAACUCAGGAGAAGAUGGGCAUCCUCUGUUGACCACAUUCAAGGGUGGGACAGGCAAUGGCCUGGAGAUAAUGUUGGACAUUCAGCAGGAUGAGUACUUGCCAAUAUGGGGAGAAACAGAUGAAACAACAUUUGAAGCAGGAGUCAAAGUCCAGAUCCACAGUCAGUCUGAGCCACCGUUUGUUCAGGAACUUGGGUUUGGCGUGGCGCCUGGGUUCCAGACUUUUGUAGCCACGCAAGAGCAAAGACUGACGUAUCUUCCACCUCCAUGGGGUGAGUGCCGCUCGUCAGACUUUGGCCUGGACUUCUUUCCCAUCUACAGCAUCACUGCGUGCAGGAUAGAUUGUGAGACCCGCUACGUGGUGGAAAAUUGCAACUGCAGAAUGGUCCACAUGCCAGGGGAUGCUCCGUUCUGCACGCCGGAGCAGUAUAAAGAGUGUGCAGAGCCUGCGCUAGUGGUUCUUGGUGAAAAGGACAGCAGUUACUGUGUGUGCCAAAUGCCAUGCAAUUUGACGCGCUACAACAAGGAACUCUCCAUGGUGAAGAUCCCCAGCAAGACCUCAGCCAAGUACCUUGAGAAAAAGUUCAACAAGUCAGAGAAAUACAUCUCGGAGAAUAUUCUUGUGCUCGAUAUAUUCUUUGAAGCCCUCAACUAUGAGACCAUUGAGCAGAAGAAAGCAUAUGAAGUGGCAGCUUUACUUGGUGAUAUUGGAGGUCAGAUGGGCCUUUUUAUUGGUGCUAGUAUCCUCACCAUUCUGGAAAUAUUUGACUACAUCUAUGAGCUGAUCAAGGAGAAGUUGUUAGAUCUUCUUGGCCAGGAAGAGGAGGAAGGAAGCCACGAUGAGAAUGUGAUGGAGAGCUGAGACUGAAGGAAGAAUUGGUUGCCUAAGGCCACCUAGUGAGUUCAUGACUGAGGUGAGAUUUGAACAAGGCCCUUCUACGCUUACUGUCUCUUUAGCCUCUACACUGCACACCACGUUUCCUUUCUUUCUCUCUCUUUCUCUCUCUCUUUCUCUCCUUCCCCAGAGCACAUGCGAGCCCUUGCCAAAUCACUCUGAUCCCAUCAGCCACACUGUGACAGUCCCUCUGCAGACGACCCUGGGCACGCUGGAUGAGAUUGCUUGCUGACCGCAGCCCCACGGCACCAUGGAUAUCCAGAUGGCAGAAACUCUUAUUCCCCCCCUGCCCCCCACUCCCGGAAGCCAGGGAAUCUUGCUCAGGCUCGCCGCACAGGGUGGGUUGGGGUGUGGACGACCACGGAGGAAUUUGCUAUGCAUCCAACUCUUCUCUUUCUCUUCUUGCCAAAAUCCAGCGAGAGGCGCUUUGGACUCAGUCGCGUCCCUCUGUCCACGUAGGGAGGGGGGGAGGAGGAGGGUGUGUGAAGGGGCAGGGCAGGGUCGUCUUUGCCAACGGACGCCGCGUUUUGGUUUUUUUGUGGUUUUAUUUUUUGAACUGUACAAAUCCGACAACCAAGGAACCGUCAUUUCAUAAACUGCCAAUGACUGUACAAAAGAAGCCUGCAUGCCAGUCUUUUUGAUGGCAAUAUCUCCCCCACUUUCUUCUUUCUUUACAAGCCGUGUCUUAAUAGCUGUUACUUUUUUUCCCACAACAAAAGAGGAGGCCACGGCACAGACGUCCCCUCCCCCUCCCCUUCUGUUCCAUCGCCCUGCCCCCGCCCAAGAGUUCACAAUUACAUGACACCACAGGCUGAGUUAGGAACAAUCAAAGGCCUGGCCGACUUUCGGAAAGCCACUGUUCCUUUUGUCUUCGUCUCAAUCUGUGAAAGGGUCUUGGAGCCCUGCUUGAGAUCCUUUUAUUUGGACCCGGCCACCGGCCACCAAGGUGAGCAGGCUCAGCUACAAAAUGGCUCCCCUCAUCUUAUUGCUGCAGACCGCCCCCCCCACCCCCCUACACACAGGCACCCACAAACACACCAGCCCCAUUGGCACUUGUAAGCCACAGCUACCGUCUUGUUCAGAAUGGUGUGUAAUACAACAUGUGUGUCUCAGGAUUGAGGGUGGGUGUGGGGGAGGCUGUGUUCAAUCAACAUUCUGACCUACCCUGCUUCCUCAUUCUAUUAAAGGUGGUCUUGUGGAAGGGGCCUGUUUGUGCUGCAUUCGUUUAUUUGCACCAUCGUGGAUGUUUGACCGGAGCUUGGAACCUUCAGGAAGGGGGAGAGGUGCUCUUUGCAGACAUUCUUUGUUUUUCUUAAUACCAAAAAGAGAAGCAUGGUCCUCUGUUCAGACUAUUAGUCAGCAUGCUCUUAACAUUUUAAUUGGGUUUAAUCCAUUGCUGACCAAGUGAGCAGCCCUACACUCGGACGCAGUGGCCUGCUUUGUUCCUGUUUCAUAGAACUGUAGAGUUGGAAGGGACCACGAGGGUCAUCUAGUUGAAGCCCCUGCAAUGCAGGAAUCUUUUGCCCGAUGUUGGGCAUGAACCUGAGAUUAAAUGUCUCAUGCUCUACCUGCAAACUGAGCUACCUGCGGUCGUAGCCACGUUGCUUAGUUUCAUUUAGCUAUGCUCUAGUUUGUUGGAAUGUCCAGACCCAGUCCAGCAAACUCACCAUGGUUUGUUUUCUGGCAACAAAAUGCCAUGGUUUGUUGUUGGCUUGCAAACCAUGGCUUGUUUUAACAGUAGCUUGACUUUUUGUCCUGACCCAUUAACGCUGCAUAACUGUGGUUUGUUUAGCCACUGCAUUGCAGAUACUUGCCAAAAUACAGGGGCACUAGGCAAUAGCAUCUGGAAAAUGAACCCCAGUUCAUAUCAAGAAGCUGUGGCUUGUUUGCUUGUCUCUGGAAUCAUGUGGUUGAUUUAAAUCACACGAUUUCUUUCAUGGCUGAAACAAACCAUGGUUUAGUGUUAUGUGCAAACACAACCAGUGAAACCACCACACCAACCAUUGUUUAGGAAUGACAUCAUGUGGCUGUGUGAUAUCUUAUUGUGUUGAUAAGUGUCAUUUUCCUUAUUGAAGUUUGAUGGCAUCCAGUGUCACAGCAUCGCUUCUCAUGUGUGAUGUUUUGAUUAACUCUGUGGUCCCAUGAGCUCUUCUGAAGUUUUUGGUGAGCAUUCCAAUCUGGUGUCUUUGAACAAAAAACAGAACAUGAUAGGAUUUGCUGUGGAAAGACAGCACCCAAUUUCAACCCAAACAAUAGUUCAAAACACACACACACAAACACAAACACACAAACAUUAAAGCUCCUUUUCUGGCUUCCAUUAGAAGUUUGAAAUUCAGUAAGAAAGCAACACAGUAAUGCAGGAAACCCAUUUUUCCUUUUCCUUUUAGGUCAGUUGUUUAGAAGGGAAUGUCUGGACAAAAUGAAAACUGCUUGCCUCUCAUGUUGCUUAAGCUAGAAAGUCUACAGAUAAUGUGCCAUUGUGGGACAAGGUGUGCUGGCACAUCAUAAAUACUCAUUGAAAGAUGCACAAUGUAUCAGGGAGCAGUUCCAGGAAUAAGAGGCUAUUUGAUCUAUUUCCAAAGAGACCUCUGGCCUGAACAGCUUUUAAGGAUUUGGGGGAAAGGAUUGCAGCAGGAAGCAGCUAAGGUGGGUAGAUUGUCUACAUUUUGUCUAUUAAGGUAGUUUUAAUUUCCUAGUAAAGAUGACACGUAUUCCUCAUUUUGUCUAUUAAGGUAGUUAAUUUCCUAGUAAAGAUGACACAUAUUCCUCAUAGAGUGCCCAGAAGAAUAGGGGAAAAGUGGAAGAGAAGGGGUUUGUGAAGUACGGUAGUUAUAUAUGAAUUUGGUUUGUGCAUUGUGUCUAACCAGCUGUGGAAAGAGCAAGCUGCUCUAAUGCAGGUAAUUUAAGAAUUGCAAAAGAGCUAGUAAGAAAAUGAACAGUGCAAUUUCAUCCCUGUCUACUCAAAAGCCCCACUGAGUUCAAUGAAGCAUUUCUGUAUCUAGUAGGUCUUUUUUCAAGCUACAAUUAGCUUCCAGGUCUUAAGCCCUAAACCUCAGCAAAACAUGCCCAAGAACUACACACAACAUGCCUUAAAGAGUGUCCUGCAGCUUCAGCAAAGCUGAAACACCCUUUCACCAAGAAUGCCUCCCUCCACCUCCAUUUAUUUAUUUGAAAACUAUGUAAAUACUACUUUAUGUUUUAAAGCUGUGUGCGGCACGAAACUAUGAAGCACAAUCAAAAUAAUAGAUCCGUAUAAAGACACAAAGCAAAGCAGGAAUACAUAUGCAAUCCCAGUUGAAGGACUGUGUUGUGUGCAAGUAAGGUCCGUGGUCAGCACAUGCCUGUAUGAACAAAACAUGUUUCCAGCACGUGGCAAAAACGUAGUAUGGCUUUCUCAUGCCUCAUCUCCCUGGGGGAGGCUGUUCCAAAGGGUAGGUGUGUCAUUUCUGUAAAAGGCCUCUUACAAGUGGAUUCAGAGUGAGUGGAACAUUGACGCUGUGGUGCCACCAAGAGGACUUCAUCUGCUUAUCUCCAUUGAAGGUAUGUAGGAUUUUGCCAAAGAGUGUUUGAUGAAUUGCCAUUUCUUGCACCUUUUAAAAAGCAAACCCAGAUGCAACAUAGCAAUAUAUAAUGAAGAACCUCUGCACAUAUAAGUGCUUUGCCCUCGUGGCUGUGCAACUGCACUUGGAAUUAUUAUUAUUAUUAAAUUUAUAUACUGCCCUAUACCUACAGGUCUUGAGGCAGUUCACAGAAUAAAAGCAUCAGGACUUGCUUCCUUUGGCGGAUGUGUUCCCCAUAUACCUGUGUCCUGGUGCCUGCCUUAUUUUAUAUUGUAUUUAUUGCAUUUUACUGUUGACAUUCAUAUUUAUAUAUCCAGAUUUUUAUUAUUAUCAUUUCACCCUGUCUAAAACAAUGAAUAUACAACAAAAAGAAACCCUAAAAUUAUUUAAUUGCACCUAACAUGCAUAUGAUCUUGUUCAUUUGAGUUCCAAUAUUUAAAAUUGUGCUCCUUUCAUCAUUGAAUAUGUCAUCAGCCUUCCCUCCCUGACUUAGACAAAGCGAGUUAAGUUGAUCAUACAUGCUAUAUCCCAGAUACUCAUUAGCCACUGUAUCUCCCCCCCCCCCUAUUUGUAACUAACAGGCAUUCUAUCAGCAGUCACCUUUAAUCCUAUUCCAAAAUUGCAUGGGAGCUGCUGAUCUCACUUGACAAAAAAAGUAUAACUUGGGGGCGUAAGGAAACGGUACCUCCCCAAACCGAGUUCCCCAUGGAGAAGUCAGUUGUGCAGCUGAUCCCCGCAGAAAGCAUCUUCGCCAGUUCUAUGCUCAGCAUUUUACUGCUUUACAGAGCCUCUUGGACUGCAGUUCCCAUGUGCCCGACAAUCCGCUGGCAGGUGGUGCUGUAUAAAGGACUUUUGACAGCUGGGUUGCCCAGCUCACCUGUCAAAAGAGGGGGCAGAUCUGCCUGGCCAAAAAGGUUCCUCACCCCUGAUCAAAGGGAAGGUGAUAAUUAAGUCAUUUUCUCUAUAUUAGGAAUUAAUUAGGGAUUUAUUAGAUGCAGAACUUUUGGAGAUUAAUUACUUUAUCUUUUGGCACGCCCAAUAAAUUUAGUUUGCAUCUGCUCUAAUUGCAUUGCAGUUCCGAAUACUGUAUGUGUCAUAGAUUUUGAGAUAGGUUCAACUUAGUCUUCAAGGGGUGAUGUGCCAUCUAAAUCAAGGGUGGCUAACUUGUUAUUGCAUUCCAACUCCCAUCGUCCCUGAUUGUUGGCCAUUGCUGGCUAGAGCUGAUGAGAUUUGAAGUUCAAUAUCGGGAGGAUCAUAAGUCCCUCACCCCUGUUACACCUACUUGUGGUUGUGAAUUACAAGAAGUUUACGGAGACCCUCUCAGACCACGGCUGAGCCUUAUGCUAGCAGGGGUCAGCAACCUUUUUCAGCCGUGGGCCAGUCCACCGUCCCUCAGACCAUGUGGUGGGCUGGACUAUAUUUGGGGGGGGGGGAAUGAACGAAUUCCUAUGCCCCACAAAUAACCCAGAAAUGCAUUUUAAAUAAAAGCACACAUUCUACUCAUGUAAAAUCACCAGGCAGGGCCCACAAAUAACCCAGAGAUGCAUAGUAAAUAAAAAGACACAUUCUACUCAUGUAAAAAUACGCUGAUUCCCGGACUGUGCAUGGGCCGGAUUGAGGCGGCGAUUGGGCCGCAUCCGGCCCACAGACCUUAGUUGCCUACCCCUGUGCUAGGACAAUACUAUACUUGGCCAAGACAACAUACUUGCAUCACUGGUAUUCAAGUCCUAAUUAACAGAUUUGCAACCAUCAGAUUUCAUGCACUUUCAGAGCGAGCUGCAAGCACUUCCAGUUUACUGAGCAUUCAGCCUGAUUUGCCUGAAGAGAGAUUAGACAGUGUGGGCUAUUUAAUGAGCAUUCAUUUGGAUUUGUUUGUGGGGAGGUUAGAAGACAUUGUGUCAAAGCAAGUGUUAUUCCCCACACUCCCAGUGUAUUUUGCAAUCACUUUGUUUGCAAAAUAAAAUAAAAUAAAAUAUUUGGGGGAAAGCGGGUUUGUUGCGCAAGACCUCUCAAUCUGCUGUUAUUGCAGAAGCUGAAUUUGCAAGUAGGUGAAUGAACCCCAUCUGAAAGUAGCAGUAGUCUAGGGAUGUGCAUGAUUUCCUCCAAAGAAUCCUGGGAACAGACCUACAAUUCCUAGUGCGCUUCACAAACUACAGUUCCCAGGAUUCUUUGGCAGAAGUAAUAUGCUUUAAAUUGAUGGUGUGUACGCAGCCUGGAAAUGCCCUGAGUCUUCUCUAAGACUUGCUUCCCAGAAAGCCAGAAGCAGAGGGAUGUUUGGCGACACUCAGUCAGGCAAUGCACAGCUCUGAAAACGUGCAUUAGCUGAAGACCCCAAGUUAACACACUUCGAAGUGCUUGUGUGGUUUCAGGCUCAAAUAGGCCUUCUGGGCUGGCAAUGGAUGGUGAGCAUGAUUCGCGUGGUAUUUUAAGAGUAACAUCAAAACCACAGAUCCCUGCCCUGAGGAGCUUACAGUCUGAAAUCCAAUGGGGCAGGGGAUAGAAGAACAGGGGGAAGGUGAAGGAGGUGGUUAUGUUCAUAAUUUCAGUAGGUGACAGAGACUACAGGAUUGUGCCAAAUGCUGCAGGGCAGGACAGGAAUCUGGGUUUUGAGGAGGGGUCUGAAGAAAGACGGAGCAUCAUGAAGGUGGUCAGGGAAACAGUAUGAUCUACAGCAGGGGUAGGCAACCUAAGGCCUGGGGGCCAGAUGCGGCCCAAUCGCCACCUCAAUCCAACCCACAGAGGGUCCAGGAAUCAGCGUGUUUUUACAUUAGUAGAGUGUGUCAUUUUAUUUAAAAUGCAUCUCUGGGUUAUUUGUGGG